AUGGCCGAUGAAGUUUCAUUUUCACAACGAAAUGCUAUGAAAUUAAUUAUAAUUGGUUUUUUAACUAUUGUUGCAAUCGGAACUUCAGUUACACUUGCCGCAGUACUAAUUAAACAAUCACAACGACAUCGAACAUCACUAGAGAAGAAAAAUAUGUGGUCCACUCGUCUAAAAGAAUGCUCACCAAUUUUAAAGGUGGCUGGUCCAAUCAUUUUACAAAUUAUCAAAGUAGCAACUUCUAUCAUAUUACUUUAA